CCCUGUUCAGACCUAUCUCCGUUGCGUCCCAAGUUUGGGUCAUAUAAGUCGUCUUCCCCCUCCCCUUCUGCCCGACCUCUCAACUCUGCUUCAUCCUGCAUCCAGCUUCCCCGGCCAAGAUUAAUCAAGCAUCUUGUAGCUUCAUAUCUACUCACGUCCGAGUCACACAGUCUCACUGACCUUCACAUUUCCCUGUCACUUCAACUUCCCUCAACCAACCGUUACCAUGCAUUUCUCAACUGUCCUUGGCGCCGCUGCACUGGCUACCCUCGCCAACGCAAGCCCUCUCGUCCGCCGUCAAGGUCCCGCAGUCGGCCAGGUUAUCUCAAAGUGCACACAGAACGGUGUCGUCGCCCUCACCUUUGACGACGGCCCCUUCACCUACACCUCCCAGCUCCUCGACACUCUCGCCUCCAACAACGUCAAGGCCACAUUCUUCGUCAACGGCAACAACUGGGGCAACAUCGAGACGGCCCCGGGCCCGGACAACAUCCGCCGUAUGAAGGCCGAGGGCCACCUCGUCGGCUCCCACACCUACUCCCACCCGGACCUGAGCACCCUCUCCUCGGCGGACCGCAUCUCCCAGAUGACCCAGCUCGAGGACGCCACCCGCCGCAUCGCCGGCUUCGCACCCAAGUACAUGCGCGCGCCGUUCCUGUCCUGCGACGCCGCGUGCCUGAGCGAUAUGGCCGGCCUGGGCUACCACGUCAUCGACACCAGCCUCGAUACCAAGGACUACGAGAACGAUACCCCCGACACCACGCACAUCUCGGCUGAGAAGUUCAACAACGAGCUCAGCGCCGACGCCGCGGGCAACAGCUACAUUGUCCUCUCGCACGACGUCCAUGAGCAAACUGUUGUCUCUCUCGUCCAGAAGAUGAUUGACAACCUUAAGUCCAAGGGUUACCGCGCCGUCACCGUCGGCGAGUGCCUUGGCGACGCUCCCGAAAACUGGUACAAGGCCUAGAGUCUCGGUGGCUGGUGGUGAAAGUUCGGGAGGAGAGCGAGAAGGAGAUGAAAAUAGCAUGGAGUAUCGCACUGCGGGUUUCUUGGGAAGGUUUCGUUGGAUUACACUGCUUGUUCUCUCCGGCUAUACGUACAUACAAUCAUGGGUGGAUAUACCAGGAACACCCCAUCGGCGCAAGUCAUUGCACGGAGAUACCAAUGUCUAAUCAAAUUACUAGUACUUGAUAUGAAUCUUUUGAAGUGUUCGUGUUGUUUCUCGAUCCCAAAUACCCCCCGCCUCUCAC